AUGGUGUCUACCGAAGAAGCCAUCCAGAGACUCAAGGAGGCUCGUCCUCCUGCGACAGACACAUUUACGUACCUCACCGUCGUCGAAACGAACCUCUCCCCGGAAGUUCUCCCAACUCUCAAGGAAAUCCUCGAAGAUGCUGCGCUUACGAGCGAAAUUGGGUGGGAUCUUGUGGAGAUGCUAAUCACUAUCCCCGGCAGUGAGGGCUGUCUCGAGACCAUUGCCCGCCUAGGAAACCCUCGCGAAGUUAUCCUCAAGGUUGUCGAAGUUCUCGACUCCAAUGCGGAAUUAUCCGAGGCUGGUGAUGCCUCAGCAAGCGCAAAGUUCAUUACUCUGGUUGGUAUGCUGGGCAUCCUCCAUCCAAGACUGCAAGUCAAGGCGCCAUCACGAUACCUUCAUACCACACUACAAACGGUUUACCGAGCUUACAACCCUCAAGGUGCCGAGACAACGGCAGCGGUCAUUGAUCUCGCUCGAUCUCUUUCUGGGAGAAAACGGCCACCGCUGCCUACACGCCAGUCUAGCGCCAGGUUAGAAACGGCGUUUCAGGGGAGUGACAUGUCCAAGAGUGCUCCCGAUCCCGAAGCGCAUGCAGGGCAAGCAGGCGAGGGCGAGUCUGAGCUGGUAUCACGACUCUUGCAGUCAUUUAUAACAAGCAUUCUCGAAGCCUACGUCAACUCAAACAACUUGGAAUGGGCAGCAAGGCAUCUGGAAUAUCUGAACCCUGAGAGGAUUCUACCGAGGAAGCCAACCAUGCUGCAGGCAUUUAAGCAAGUAGACGAGCUUCAAACCAGGGACGCCUUGGUUGGACAAUUAGUUGCUGUUGCCCGCGACUUGGGCCUGGCGGAAUUGCCCUCUGACGAGGUCAAGAAGAUUUUGAGGUCACCAUUCGCUACGAAUCCAUUGUCUAUCGAACCCGAUCCCAACAAUCCCGAAGCUAUUAAACUAUCGACUGGUGGCUUUCUUUGCCUGACUGCUUAUCGCAUGUUCGCAUCAGACAUUUUUGACGCCAAUUACGAACAGCCCAAUGCCAAUAUUUUUCCUGAGCAUCACAACCUGUUGAAGAGGUUCCUCGGUGAUGAACCACAGACUCAGAUCGAGGGCAACCCCGGCACCGUAGAGGCAUUAGUUGUUAUUGCACUUUGGCUUCAUGACCAGAAGCGAAUAGUUGGACCUAAUGCGGCUGACGACAAGGAAGCAACAUUUAUGUCAUAUCAUCAUCUGCUAACUCUCAUAUCUGUAUUCCAUCCGUCUUUGCGAGUGCGGAAUGCGGCUACUGUUUUUGCAGGUCAUAUACUUCAUGAAGACCCUGACGAGGGGGAUAGAUUAAACAUUCUGGAAGACUUGCUGGAAAACUGCAUGUUUUCGUCUCUGCAAGCCUGUGCAGUGACAUGGCUACGAGAGGAAACCAUCGCCGCCCAUAAGGCUGGCUCGAAGGGGCGGUUUGCCGAUUCUGACUGCUUAGACCAGCUUCAGUACACACUGUUUCCGGAUCUCGAAUACCUUGCUGAGACAGACUUGGAGGCGCUAUUGGAGUUCUGGGUACAGAACGCACCCUUCCAUCUUCAAGUCGCAAACUUUGCUCUGUUUUUGUUUGGUGGUCAGGAUUAUAAAAGCUUGGCUCCUGCAGGUAUGGCCGCAGCGGUAGAGCAUCGAUAUGCGAACCCUCUGCUUGCUGCUGCCAAGCGAUUGACGGAGGCACUGGACAAGAAAGAGAUUGAUGGACAAGGUCAGGACGAGGUGUUGAUGCAGCUGGGCAUUUUGACGGAUACCCUUGAGCGCGUUCCGCUGCACUAG